UAAUAAUGCGUGUUUUCGUAAUUGGAGUUGGAAUGACGAAAUUUAUUAAACCAGGAAAAGAUGAUAAUCCUGAUUAUCCUAUUAUGGCUGCUUAAGCAACAAGAAGAGCUCUUCAUGAUUCAAGUCUUACAUUUAAAGAUGUUAAGAUGGCAGCUGUAGGAUAUGUUUAUGGAGAUUCAACAUGUGGAUAAAGAGCAGUAUAUGAAGUUGGUAUGACUGGUAUACCAAUAUAUAAUGUAAAUAAUAAUUGUUCAACUGGAUCAUCAGCUUUACAUUUAGCCCAUCAAUUUAUUACUGGAGGUCUUUAUGAUUGUGCUCUUGCUUUAGGUUUUGAAAAGAUGGAGAAAGGUAUAAAUGUUUAUAUUUGUAGGUUCUUUAACUUUGAAAUUUCCAGAUAGAACUUAACCAGUUGAUAAAUUAGUUAAUUAUUCUGAGGAAUGGUCUUCAGAAAAAAGUAAAGGUCCAUGGGCACCAAAAAUUUUUGGAAAUGCAGGAGUAGAACAUAUGUAAAAAUAUGGAACUAAAGCUGAACAUUUUGCAAAAAUCGCAUUUAAGAAUCAUUUACAUUCAACAAGAAAUCCUUAUAGUUAAUUUAGGGAUAAAUAUAGUUUAGAGGAAAUAAUAAAAUCUCCAAAAAUUCAUGGUCCUUUAACAAAAUUAUAAUGUUGUCCAACAUCUGAUGGUGCGGCUGCAGCUAUACUUUGCAAUGAAAAGUUUAUGUUAGAACAUAAUUUAUAAGAUUAAGCAAUAGAGAUAAUAGGAUGUGCAUUAACAACAGAUAAUGAAUCUACAUUUGUAUAGAAAUCAUUAAUGAAUUUGGCUGGAUAUGAUAUGAGUAGAAGAGCAGCAGAAUAAGUAUAUUAAAAGACAGGAGUAAAUCCAAAAGAAAUAGGAGUAGUUGAAUUACAUGAUUGUUUUUCAGCAAAUGAAUUAAUUACUUAUGAAGCUCUAGGAUUAUGUGAAGUAGGAAAAGCAGGAGAAUUUAUAGAUAAAGGAGAUAAUACAUAUGGAGGAAGAGUAGUAGUAAAUGUAAAAUAAUUAAUUAUAAAUUGAAAGCCUUCAGGUGGUUUAAUUUCAAAGGGACAUCCAUUAGGAGCAACAGGAUUAGCAUAAUGUGCAGAAUUAUGUUGGUAAUUAAGAGGAAUGGCUGAAGAUAGAUAAAUAAAAAAUCUGAACUAUGCUUUAUAACAUAAUAUAGGAUUAGGGGGAGCAUGUGUUGUAAUAUUGUAUAAGAAAUACAAUUAAUCAAAUGGAAAAGUUAGGGCAGAUUAAUCUGCUAAUCCUGAUGUAUUAGAGAAAAUAGAAGCGUAAAAAUAAUAGGAAAGACCUAGAUUAUGA